UACGUACCUAAGAAACUGUAUAUCUUAUUUGAGACGUGAAUGACCUCUUAUUCACUCCAUUCAAUGUGAAUUACACAAAUUAUAAAUCAAUCGGUUAUCGACUCUCUCUAUUCGAUUGAUUUUGUGCAAUUCCAGUAGUUACGAUUCAUUAGCUUCCGAACCAUGAACACAUUACGAACUUUGAAGCCACUAGCCUCACGCAUCCAACCUUACACACUCCCUAGAACAGUCCGCCAGUUCUCUGCCAUGACAACUAAGUCUUAUGAGUAUAUACUAGUAUCAGAGCCUAAGCCGGGUGUUGGCCAAGUCACUCUAAAUAGACCUAAGGCCCUCAAUGCCUUAUCUACGCCCCUCAUCAACGAGCUCAAUCAGGCUCUAGGGGAGCUCAACUCGUCGGAUAGUAUCUCAGCUAUCAUUCUGACAGGGUCUGAAAAGGCCUUCGCCGCCGGCGCGGAUAUUAAGGAGAUGGCACCUCUUACCUUCUCCGAGGCGUACACCAAGAGUUUCAUCGAGUCAUGGUCCCAGCUCACCACGCAAGUAAAGAAGCCCAUAAUUGCAGCCGUGUCCGGGCACGCCCUCGGCGGCGGUUGCGAGCUCGCUAUGAUGUGCGACAUCAUAUACUGCACCGCGUCGGCCAACUUCGGCCAGCCUGAGAUCAAGCUAGGUACCAUACCGGGCGCCGGCGGGAGCCAACGACUGACGCGAGCCAUCGGCAAGUCGCGCGCCAUGGAGGCAAUCCUAACAGGCAAACCGAUUUCGGGAACCGACGCGGCACAGUGGGGACUCGCUGCUAAGUCUUUCCCCACCUACGAAGCGCUGAUGGAGGGCGCGCUGAAGACGGCCGAGACUAUCGCGAGCUACUCCAGGGUAGCAGUUAUCGCUGCUAAGGAGGUAGUGAACAAGAGCCAGGACCUACCGCUGCGGGACGGCGUUGAGUACGAGCGGCGCGUGUUCCACUCGCUCUUUGGCAGCCAGGACCAGAAGAUUGGCAUGAAGGCUUUUGCGGAGAAGACGAAGCCGGAAUGGAAACAUGAGUAGUGUAUAUAAUAUUUACGACACGGUGUGACGGCAUGGGGAAAAUGUAUGAAACAUUUAAUUAUAUCCGUCCCGUCUCGGUUUUAGGAGAUGUAAUUUAUCCACGAUACCUGAUAUGACUGCUUGCUCAUCAGAACCAGAACCCAAGAUUCUAAAUCAUAUAAAUACUUCGUAUUGCGGCUUCGAAAUAAACUCGUUUUCUCCCCCCAUGAUUAAGAAUAAUGUUGAUAUAAUCAAUAGUACACAUAUCUUAAUAUACAGGAUAUACGUGAAUGUUCGUAUUAAUAUAUUGUAUACAAUGUACUUAUGUGGGUAGACAUGUCUAUGCGGGCCGAAACCAUCUACGGGACAGCCACGGCUACGCUCAGAUGGCGGGGUCGAUACAUGGGUUUA